AUGUCCUCCACAGAUGCCGCCAAGCCCACCAGACACCUCCGCAUAGGCGUCGACGUCGGCGGCACCAACACAGACGGCGUCAUCCUCGACCCCCUCCAGGCCUCAUCCCCAGGCAAAGGCAUCCUCGCCUGGCACAAGGCCCCCACGACAACGAACCCCAGCGCCGGCAUCAACGAUGCCAUUACCGCCAUGUUUGAGUCAGCGGCCAUCAGCCCGUCCGAGGUCGCCAGUGUGACCAUUGGCACGACGCACUUUGUCAAUGCCGUCGUUGAACGAGAUGCCUCGCGGCUGGCUGCAGUGGCCGUUCUCAGGCUCUGCGGGCCUUUUUCGAAGCAUGCGCCCCCUUGCGUCGACUGGCCGGAUGACAUGAGGCAGAUGAUUCUGGGGCAUUACGCACUGCUUAAGGGUGGCUUGGAGGUGGAUGGCAACCUCAUUUCGGACAUUGACGAGCGAGAAAUUAAAGAGCAGUGUGCCAUUAUUCGCGAAAUGGGCAUCAAGAGCGUCGUUAUCAAUGGAGUUUUCAGUCCCAUAGACACCCUUGAAAGGCAAGAAGAGAGGGCUGCAGCCAUCGUCAAGGCAGAGCUGCCCGGAUGCGAUGUUGUUUGUUCCAAGGACGUUGCCAACCUGGGCUUCCUGGAGCGCGAAAAUGCCGCCAUCCUGAACGCUUCCAUUCUUUCUUUUGCUAGGAAGACCAUCAAGAGCUUCCAAGAGCCAAUUAAGCGUCUCGGCUUACAUUGUCCCGUCUUCAUCACGCAAAAUGACGGCACCGUCUUGUCAGGGGAAAUGGCGGCAAAGCUACCCAUCAGGACCUUCUCAAGCGGCCCGACGAAUAGCAUGAGAGGCGCGGCCUUCCUUGCCCAGGGCCAGAUCUCCGAAGCCGUCAUGGUCGUCGACAUUGGAGGGACGACGACGGACGUUGGGCUGCUUCAUGCAAAUGGGUUUCCCCGGCAGCAGGCUGCAUAUAGCGAUCUUGCGGGUAUCAGGGUGAAUUUUUCCUGCCCAGAUAUCAAGAGCAUUGGUCUUGGGGGAGGGUCCAUUGUCAGGAAGACUGAUCGAGGUCUAACCAUCGGUCCUGAUAGCGUUGGGCACAAGCUUCAGCAGGAGGCGAUCAUCUUCGGCGGCAGUACCAUCACCGCCACGGACUGCAUGGUUCAGGCAGAGCCUGAUUUGGACAUUGGCAAUGGCGAACUUGCCAAGAAUCUCCUGACUGACGAGCAGCUGAGCCUCUUCAAAAAAGCUCUUCAAGGCAAGAUUGAAAAAGCCAUUGACAAGAUGAAAACAUCUCCCGACGACAUACCCGUGCUACUUGUCGGCGGCGGAGCUAUACUCUCACCCAACAAGCUCAGGGGCGCAAGUCGAGUGUUGAAGCCGGAAUGGUCACAAGUUGCAAACGCGAUCGGAGCAGCCAUGGCCAGAGUCAGUGCAGUUGUGGACACUGUUAAAUCCACUGAGCACAAGUCCAAUGCUCAGCUACUGGAAGAAAUCAGCAAGGAAGCUAUUGAGAAGACAGUAUCUGCCGGGGCAUCUCGUGCAUCGGUGGAGGUUGUGGAACAAGAAGCCCUCCCGCUCCAGUAUAUCGCACAUAAGACGAGGUUCAUCGUUCGUGCAGCAGGCGACUUUGACCAAGAAAAGAUCCAGGCGCAGGAAGCUUCCAAAGAGGAUCAUGGUGAGAGCGACAAUGACAUGGGCCAGUAUGAGAGAUUGCCAAAGCGGCCAGAGACUACACCCAAGCAGCACAUUGACGUGGACAUCGACACAUCUACAUAUAGGCCAACGGUCAAGAACCGCGUGUGGUAUAUCUCAGAGACCGAUGCCGAAUGGAUCGCCACGGGCUGCUACAUCCUUGGAACUGGUGGUGGAGGGUCCCCUUAUUCCCACCUAGUCCGUCUCAAGCAGGAGCUCCGUAAGGGUGCCAUUGUGAGGGUCGUAAAUCCGCACGAUCUUGCCGACGACGAUCAGGUCGGCUGUGGGGGAGGCGUGGGCAGCCCUACGGUUGGCAUCGAGAAGCUACCCGCCGAUGAGCUGUUGGAAGCCCAAGACGAGCUGUUCAGAGUGUGUCCCAACCCUGCUACUCACAUGAUUUCCAUCGAGAUUGGAGGCGGCAACGGCCUCCAAGCAAUGAUACUGGGAGCCAGCACGAAUAUGGACCUACCUGCCGUGGAUGGAGACUGGAUGGGACGGGCUUAUCCGACAAAGUGGCAGACAACUCCCGUGGUUUUCAACGAACGGUCGCCCAUCUGGUCUCCCAUCGCCAUGUCUGACGGCAAUGGCAACGUUGUUGUCAUGCCAAGGGCAACCUCUGACCUUGCCGUUGAGCGCAUUCUGCGUGCGGCGCUUGCACAGAUGGGAUCUUCCACGGGCUGUGCCGAGUCGCCGGUAUCAGGGGCAGAGACGAAGCGGUGGGUAGUGGAACACACCAUUUCUCAAGCCUGGAGAAUCGGGCGAGGCGUUGCUCGAGCCCGAAAGGAGAACAGAGUCGACAACGUGGCCGAAUCCAUCAUUGAAGAGUGCGGUGGGUCCGGCGCUGGCCGCGUUCUUUGGAAGGGCAAGAUUGUGGGCGUGGAGAGGACGUUGAGGGGAGGCUAUGUGUACGGUGAGUGCUUCAUCGAGGGCGUUGAUGUAAGACAAGACGACGAUGGCCUCCAGCAAGACGGCGCCGCUCCGCCGUCGUUCCAGGGCAGGAUCAAGAUCCCCUUCAAGAACGAGAACAUUGCCGCUCUCAGGGUGCGAGAAGACGGACAAGACGAGGGGCAGGAGGACGUCCUGGCCAUUGCCCCGGACCUCAUCACCGUGAUUGACGCACAAAACGGCGAGGCUAUCGGCACUCCAGAGUAUCGAUACGGGCUGCUGGUGGUUGUCUUGGGGCUGGCGGCGAGUGACAAAUGGACCGGGAGCCAGAGAGGAAUCGAUCUUGGGGGUCCGGCGGGAUUCGGCAUCGACCACCUCGCGUUUCGUCCGUUGGGUGCGUUUGUGAAGCCGAGGAGCGUGAUUGACGAGUUUGAUAGAGCUCUUUGA